CGGCGCUGUCCCGGCUGGGAGAGCCGUGAAAGUCGGGGUUCGAAGGUGGUGUGGGCGCCUCUGCACGCCCAGUUCGGUCCCGGGCCUUGGCAGCCCAGGCGGUGUGGAAAUGGCCUGCCCCGGAGGCGCCCACGGAGGAGGGAAGGCGGGGGACAGCCUGGUCCCUCCCACUUUCGGGGCUCCGGGGCCAGUUCGCCCGUACAGCCCUCGGGAACUUGUUAACAGGAAAGCUUGGCAGAGAAACAAAUGCCAACGUUUUGGAAGAACUGAGAGUCACGUCGUUAGGCGCUGAGGCUUUAUUUUCCUUCCCCGCCCCCUGCCCAACCUCGGCCCGACUUGGCCAAAGAAGGAUGUGUCACCAGCUCGGGGCCUCGGGCGGGAUCCCGGGCCGGGCUGGGAGCGGGAAUACCUGAAAAAAAGAAGAGAAGGCGAAUAGCAGUGAGAGAAAUGACUUGACCAACUUACUGAGCUGGUCAGUGCCGAAGCUGGGACAAGGAGCCCCUGACUGCCCACCUGGUGCUUUUCCCCUCAGCCACAUUUCCUGUCUCUCCACUGGAGUAAAGGUUUCUCUGUCAUUCACAGAAAAAUGGAUCAUUUAAACCUUUGGAGGACUCAGUUUUCCAAUACUUCAGUGUUACCAACUGAGAUUCAUGACAGUAAAUUUAUGACUGUACAUGUCUGCGUCAUACAACUGCUGAAGAACAGGGAAUGUUCUUUAUUCUUCUUAAAAUUUAUUCCUAAAAAUAAACCUAUAGUAUCAUGAUAUUACUAAAUAAAACUCAAAAGCACAAUUAUUAAAUUAUUAGACUUGCUAAUACAAGCACGCGUGUGCAAAAGCUACUGUAUCCUGACAGUUACCAAACCUCAAAUUUAGAUGGUUUCCCUUUGUGGGAAAAGUCAUUAUAUUUGCAAGAAACCACUGAACAUUGGCAUCAAAUAUAUUUUCAGCUGAGUGUCAUUUAGAAUUUACUUGAAACAAGUUCUAGAAAAUUCCACAUCCCACCACUGAGUGGAUUUGGUAUGAUGGCAGCAACUUACAGACUUGUGGUUAGUACUGUGAACCACUACAGCAGCGUGGUGAUAGACCGGCGUUUUGAGCAAGCUAUACAUUACUGCACUGGAACCUGCCACACCUUCACACAUGGGGUUGACUGCAUUGUGGUACAUCAUAGUGUUUGUGCAGACCUCUUGCACAUCCCUGUGUCUCAGUUCAAAGAUGCAGAUCUGAACUCUAUAUUUCUACCCCAUGAAAAUGGAUUUUCCUCAGUUGAAGGUGACUAUCCCCAUCAGGCCCUCACAGGCAUACCCAGGGUCAAGAAAGGAUCUACAUUUCAGAACACCUGUAACUUAAAGGACAUUGCAGGAGAAGCAAUCAGCUUUGCCAGUGGGAAAAUAAAAGAAUUUUCCCUGGAAAAACUCAAAAACUCUAAUCAUGCAGCUUACAAAAAGGGAAGGAAGGUUAAGUCUGACUCAUUUAAUAGGAGGUCAGUUGAUAUUGACUUGCUCUGUGGCCAUUAUAACAAUGAAGGGAACUCCCCAUCCUUUGGUUUACUCCGGAGUUCCUCAGUUGAGGAAAAAUCUUUAUCCCAUAGAAACUCACUUGAUACAAACCUGACUUCAAUGCUUCUUCACAACUUCUCUGAAGAAGACCUGGUUACUCAGAUUUUGGAAAAACAUAAAAUAGAUAAUUUUUCUUCUGGAACAGACAUAAAGAUGUGCUUAGACAUCUUGCUAAAAUGCUCUGAGGAUUUGAAAAAAUGCACAGACAUCAUAAAACAAUGCAUAAAGAAAAAAUCAGGAAGUAGCAUCAAUGAAGGAAAUGGUAAGGAUGCAGUUUCUAGCUCUGAAACUCUCUAUAUGAAUGUAAUGACCAGGUUAGCAUCCUAUCUGAAAAAGCUACCAUUUGAGUUCAUGCAUUCUGGGAAUAAUGAGGCUAUAGAUUUAACAGAACUGGUCAGUAAUAUGCCUAGUUUACAACUGACUCCCUUCUCCCCAGUAUUUGGCACUGAACAGCCCCCUAAAUAUGAAGAUGUUGUCCAGCUCUCAGCCCCUGACCCUGGACAGUUUCAGACUAUAGAACUGCAAGAUGACAAGCACAGUUCUAGGAAAACAGACACUGCAAAAUCCAUUCCAGACAACUCUACGACUUCCUUAUAUAAUUUAGAGAUAAGUGAUCCCAGAACUCUAAAAGAUGCCCAACCUCAAUCACAGUCAUUAACCAUGAACCCUUUAGAAAGUGUUUCUUCUGGUGGGCUAAUGGAAACCCUUUAUAUUGAAGAAGAGUCAGAUGGAAAGAAAGCAUUAGAUGAAGGGCAGAGGACAGAGAAUGGACCCAGUCAGGAGUUGUUAAAGGUACACAAAGACAGAGAAGAAGUUUCAGACCGUGGUACUCAUCUUAAAAAAGGUCCUGCCUCAAUGCAAAAUGAAAUUGGUAAGAUAUUUGAGAAACCAGUUGUUAAUCUACUUGAGGAAGAUCCUAAACCAAAAGUUCCUAAAGUUGAAGAGGGAAACCACAGAGAUUUUAUGGAUCCUAACAGUCAGGAAGAGAUAGAUAAAUUGUUAAUGGAUUUGGAAUCUUUCUCACAGAAAAUGGAGACCUCUCUAGGAGAGCCUCUUGCCAAAGGUAAAAGCUCUAACUCUCUAAAUAGUCCUAGUCAGUUAACUGGUCAGUUCCCUGUAGAUCUUGAGCCUAAAUCUAAAGUCUCCUCACCCACGGAAAAAGUCUCACCUUCCUGUCUAACAAGGAUUAUUGAAACCAAUGGACACAAAAUAGAGGAAGAAGAUCGAGCCCUCUUACUGCGAAUUCUAGAAAGCAUUGAAGACUUUGCUCAAGAACUGGUUGAAUGCAAAUCAGGCAGAGGGAGCCUAUCACAAGAAAAAGAAAUGAUGCAAAUUCUACAGGAAACCUUGACAACUCCCUCCCAGGCCAAUUUACCAGGCUGUAGAAGUCCUGUUGGUGAUAAAGCCAAAGAUACUACUUCAGUGGUUUUGAUUCAGCAGACCCCAGAGGUGAUCAAGAUUCAAAAUAAACCAGAAAAGAAACCUGGAACGCCUCUUCCACCUCCAGCCACCUUUCCAAGUAGUCCCCGACCUCUCUCCCCUGUUCCUCAUGUGAAUAAUGUUGUGAAGGCAACAUUAUCUGUAAACAUUCCACGGUUCUACUUUCCUGAAGGACUCCCCGAUGCCUGCAGUAAUCAUGAACAGACUUUAAGCAGAAUUGAAAGUGCUUUCGUGGAUAUUGAAGAUCAGAAAGCAGAUAUUUAUGAAAUGGGGAAAAUUGCAAAGGUCUGCGGCUGUCCUCUCUAUUGGAAAGCCCCUAUGUUCAGGGCUGCAGGGGGAGAGAGGACUGGGUUUGUGUCAGCACAGUCAUUCAUCGCCAUGUGGAGAAAGUUGCUGAGUAACCAUCACGAUGAUGCCUCUAAGUUUAUCUGUCUUCUAGCGAAGCCCAACUGCAGCUCCCUAGAACAGGAUGAUUUUAUUCCUUUACUUCAGGAUGUGGUGGAUACACAUCCUGGCCUCACGUUCCUGAAAGAUGCUCCAGAAUUCCACUCCCGCUACAUCACCACGGUUAUUCAGAGAAUAUUCUACACAGUCAACAGAUCUUGGAGUGGAAAAAUUACUUCAACAGAGAUAAGAAAAAGCAACUUUUUGCAAACUCUAGCCCUUUUGGAAGAAGAGGAAGAUAUAAACCAAAUCACAGAUUACUUCUCCUAUGAACAUUUCUAUGUUAUUUAUUGUAAAUUUUGGGAACUAGAUAGUGACCAUGACCUCUACAUCAGCCAAGCCGAUCUAUCUCGAUACAAUGACCAGGCUUCAUCAAACAGGAUUAUUGAAAGGAUAUUCUCUGGGGCAGUAACAAGGGGAAAAACAGUACAGAAAGAGGGAAGAAUGAGCUAUGCCGAUUUUGUUUGGUUUUUGAUCUCUGAGGAAGACAAAAGGAACCCUACCAGCAUUGAGUAUUGGUUCCGCUGCAUGGACUUGGAUGGGGAUGGUGUACUCUCCAUGUAUGAGCUGGAAUACUUCUACGAGGAGCAGUGUGAACGGAUGGAAGCCAUGGGCAUUGAGCCCUUGCCAUUCCAUGAUUUGCUGUGCCAGAUGCUUGACCUGGUGAAGCCGGCCAGCGAUGGCAGAAUAACUCUGCGAGACCUGAAGAGAUGCAGGAUGGCUCACAUCUUCUAUGACACUUUCUUUAACCUGGAGAAAUACUUAGACCAUGAACAGAGAGAUCCCUUUGCAGUUCAGAAGGACGUUGAGAAUGAUGGUCCUGAGCCCUCCGACUGGGACAGGUUUGCUGCUGAGGAAUAUGAGACCCUUGUAGCGGAGGAGUCUGCCCAAGCACAGUUCCAGGAAGGUGUGAAGCAAAUAAAGACAUUUUUAGGCAUUCAGAGAUGUAAAAUGUUUACCACCCACAGACUGUCUCUGAAAGAAAUAUUAAAGGAUAUUCUUCAGCAAGAAGGUAAAUAGAUCCUAGAGGAUUAGUGGGAUGCAAGAAGCAAUCAUGAGCAACAAAAUUAAUAAAAAUUUAUUCUUGGAACUAGGUAAGUAUUGACUAUAAAUACUAUUAACAGGGAGAGUAAAAGACGGUCAAGAUAAUAUGCUAUGACUCUGUAUUAGAGUGGAGCAUACACUGAUAAACGUCCAUUUUUCUAACAAUGACUAGAGUUAAAGUAUAUCUUAAAAUUUUAAGGUCCAAAGACAAGACUAUUAACUGGGAAAAUUUUGUAUAAAGAAAACUCAACCUACCAAAAGACAAGUGUGCUAAUCAGUUUUCUUUUGGUGACAAGGAAUUUUACCUCAAAUUGGCAUAAGGAAAAAAAAGCAAAGCAAAAAAGAAAUUAUUGGCUUAUAGAACUGGAAAGUCUAGGGGUAUUACUGACUCUUAGAGACAGACUUCAUCUCCUUCAUAAUGCUUUUCUUUCAUUCUUUCACUCUCCAGCUAGUUUUUAAUAUGUGGUGGCAAGAUGAUCACCUAAGAGCUUCAGGUUCUAAUAAAAUCAAAAACCCCUCUCCCACCAGAUCCAGCAAAAGCCCAGGAUUUGUGCUGGCUCUAACUGGCUUGGUUUGGGUCCAGUCCCUGAACUAACUCCUGAAGGAGUCAGGCCUGGAACUAAGCAUGGACAGGAGUCAAGUUCAUCCAAACCAUACGUUUUACCAAGGAAGAUCUGGGAGAUUUGCCAAUAUGGCCAGGAAAACAGGGCAAUGCUAUCCUGGUAAAGGAACACAUCCACUACAGGAAGAAAGGCAACAAAAAGACAAAGACAGUACAAAAUAAAUGGCCAGAGUAAUUCCAGAUUUAGUGUGAAGCACAAAACUCAGAAUGGAUUAAAAAUCCAACUAGACACUAUUCUCUAGAGUCAUACCUCACACAGAGGUAACUGUCACAUGAGUAGUAACAAGAAAUUAGGUAUAGUAAUGUUAAUGAGACAAACAGAAUUGAAAGCUUUAAAAGAAACUUACCAGUAUUUCAAUAGUUGGCCAUGAAAAUAAGUUAUGAACCUUAUGCAGUACAUAAAACAAAUCUGAUAGAAAUACAAGGAAAAAUGGACAGAUCCAUAGUUGUAUAAAAACCAGCAAAUCAAAUAGGCCAAAAAAUAAAGAAAGAAUAUGGAAUUAGUAAGCUUUCAUACUUGGUACCCAACAAGUACACAUGGAACCAUCAUAAAAGUGCCAGUUUAUUAAGGCACAAAGGAAACUGCCAUCUUUUUUUUUAAUUACUAGCAUACAGGCCACACUUGUUAUUUAAAAUACAACCUGAAGUUUACAACAACAAAAAUGCACAUAUCUAGAAAGUUAAAAAUAAAAUUUUGAAAACUUAAAUAUAUUUUAAAGCAACUUAAGCUAAAGAGCAAAUCAAAAUGCAAAUUACAGUUUUUUUAGAACCAGGCAAUGAAAGCAUUAUAUUUAUUAAAAUCUGCAGGAUACAGACAAGGAGAAAUUUGUAACCUGUAGACUGAAAUAAAUGAAUUAGGCUAUCAUCUCAAGAGGCAUGAAAAAACGAUGACAGAAUACCCCCAAAUAAAGUACAUGAGAGGAAGAAGUUAAACAACUAUAUUUAAACAAAAAUAAAUCUAUGAAUUUAUACACACAUAUCCACAAAGCAUACCAUGUGCCAAGCACUAUUCUAAGUAUUUUAAUUCAUUGGGUGCUCACAAAAACCCUACUUUGUAGAUGCUGUUAUCCCUAAUUUACAGAUAUUAAAACUGAACUACAGAAGACUAAUUUGUCAAAUCUACCAAUACAGAAAAAAGAAUGUAACACAAAUAAGUGAGUUUUAUCCCAAGAUUGCAAUAGUGGUUCAACUUUACAAAAUCUGUCAUUAAAAGACCAAAAGAGAAAAUAUAUAUAUAUAUAUAUAUAAACUGAUUCUUUGAAGGCAUUUGAUAAAAUUUAAUAUAUUUUCUGGUUUGGAAAAAAAAUCAUAAAACUAAGCAAACUUAAGAAGAGCACCUUCUUAUGGGUAAAGAGUAUUAAUCCCAUACCCAAGAAAUAAUCAGUUAAAAAUAUAAUAGGAAAAAAUCCUAUUUGUGAUAUCAAGAAAAAAUGACUUAAAAUAUAUAUGAAGAAAACAUAGUAAAAUUCCACUAAAAGUUAUAAAGAUCAUUCCCCAUGUUAAAAUUAAUUUAUUAAUUUGAUAUAAUCCCCCAAAAUAUGUUGUAGAAUUUGUUCAACUAAUUCUAAAACUCACAUUGAAUAAUAAAUACAAAAGAAUAGCAAUGACUUUUGAAAAGAAACAAAGGUAUGUAGGGCACAGAGAAAGUGUACUUAUAAAGCCAUAGUAAUUAAAUUCAGUAUAGUAUCCACACCAAAACAGAAGAUUUAUGUAUAGCAAUGUAGUAUAUGAUAAAGAUAGUCUUAAAUGUGUCGAGAAAAGGCUAACUCAUCAGUAAAAUGUUGGUGGGUGAAAAAAGUACAUAUUCAACUGUCUGCAUGCCUAAAAGACUUUAAAAGCAAAAAAGUGAGAGGAGAAAUUUAUAAGGAAAUUAUUUAUAGGUUUGAGUAUAUUUUUAAAAAAGUGACAAAUUCUGUAUCACAAACAAAAAGCAGAGGAAUUGGGUUGAGUAAUGUUCUUUCAUAAAUUGCUCUUUCAUAAAUUCUUUCAUAAAUUCUUCAAGGUCAAGAACAUGAAUUUCACCCUGGAAGUCAUAAUGAAAAUUCCAACUUCUCCAUCAAUUAAAAUGUAAUGGCCCAAUGUAACAAUUUUAAAUGUAUUUGUACUUAACCACAGAGGCUCAAAAUACAGAAAACAAAAAUUGCCAGACAAUUCAACAAUUAUAGUUGGAGAUUUCAACACACCUCUUACAGUAAUUGAUAGAGCUAGAGACAAUCAGUAAGGAUACAGAAGACUUGAACAACACAGUGUAUUUGAUCUAGUCAAUAUAUACACUCCACAAAACAGUAGCAAAAUACACAUUUUUCUCAAGUGCACAUGGAACUUCUUCAGGACAGACCAUACGUUAGGUGAAUAAAAUAAGAUUCAAUAAAUUCUGAUGGAUUACAGUAAUAUAAAGUAUGUUGGCUGACCAUAGUAAAACUAAAUUAAACAUCCAUCAGUAACAGAAAGGAAUCUGGGAACCCCAAAAUAUUUGGAAAUUAGAUAACACAUUUCUAAAGACACAUGGGUCAAAGAAGGCACUGCAGGGAAGUUUAAUGUUAUCUUGAAAUGAAUGAAAAUAAAAGAAAAUGUGUGGGAUGCAGUUAAAGCAGUGCUUAGAAGAAUAUUUAUGGCUCAGGUCUAACAUCAAUAAUAUCAUCUUCCACCUUAAAAAGGUAGAAAAAGGAAGAGCUAACCAAACCCAAAAUAAGUAGAAAGAAGGAAAUAAUAAAGAUCAGAGUAGAAAUCCAUGAAAUAGAAAAUAGGAAAACAAUAUCAAAGAAUUGAUGAAACUAAAAGUUGGUUCUUUGGAAAGCUUUAAAAAAAAAA